AUGAUCUACGUUUGCUCCGCUCAGGCUGGUUGCACCAAAACUUUUACUAAAUGUAACGAAUUCAAGAGACACAAGGCUGCACAUUCACCCGAGUCCGUGGUUAUCUCCGCCCAUGUGUGCCGCUUUGACGGAUGUGACUUUGUAACGUUGUCAAAACCCAGCUUCGAAAUCCACACCGACAAACAUACUGGCAAACAGCGGUACGUUUGUCCUACAGGUUGUGGCUUCAAGACCCACAACCCUGCCUCCCUGACGCUCCACCGCAAGGCAGAACAUGGAUAUGUUCCUAAUCCGCGCCGCCCACGCCGCAGUGGUCGUACUGCCGCCCGGUCCGCAUCUUACACGACCUCGUUGACUUCAUUCCAGCCUCAGCCUCAGCCCCAGCCUCAGCCUCAGCCCCAGCCCCAGCCCCAGCCUCAGUUCCAGUUCCAGCCUCAGCUCCGGCCCCAGUUCCAGUUCCAGGCUUGGCCCCAGCCUCAGCUCCAACCUCAGCCCCAGCCCCCUGCUCCCAACCAACCCCAGCAAAACCCCAACAACAUGUUGGGAGUCAUUCACGUCAGGCCUAACACAGUGCAGGCCUAUACCGCCCCCGCCCGCGCCAAUGGGUGGCAGCCCCCUGCCGCACCUCAGUAUUACUAUCAGUAUUACCCCUGUGUCGCGCCAGGUGCCCUGAACGCAUACAACAUGCAUGCCGCGCCCGCAGCAGGUGCCAAUGGGUGGGGUGCGGGCUACCAGGGUUAUCCGUACAGGUAUUAUUAGUUCGCAUGGAUUCAAGAAUCGGUUUUGUUCCUUUUUUCUCGACUCAAUGGACGCAAAUGCUGUCAAGGACUUGAUUUCUCGCAGGAAGGUUCGAAAAUGGACAAAUUCAUGAAUAGGAGGAGGAAGAGGACGCGUACAAAGACGACCAUCGGACCUCAUAUAUGCGCUCUUCAAUGGGUUGUGGACAAGCUGCGAGGAUUAUUCUGCGGGUCAGAUGUUACAUAAAAUAUGGCGUCGUGUCGAAUUUUCUUGGUAUCACUUGGCGAAGUUGUAAUUAUAAUCACUUGGACUUCAAAGCUGUCGUU